GGUAGCUCAAGUAUAUUUUAAACAUAUAGGAGGUAUUAAAUUACUAGAGAGUCAGACUGAAUCAUCUAGAGGCAAAAACAAUCAUUCUGUUGAUGGUGAUCACCCAAUUGAUGACAAUGGCAUAGGGUAUAGGGUAGCAUCAGAAUCUGAAUGCAGUGAAUAUGAAGAUUUGGUUGAUAGUGAUUAUAAAAGUGAGUAUGAUGACAUGUUGUAUGAGAAUUGUGCUGAUCAUGAAGCUAAAUGGAAUGGUUUGAAAAGUAAGAGCCAAAAAACAAUAGUAACAGACAUAAGGCAUGGCUUAGACCUAAGUGACUCAGAUGGUGAUUCUAAGGACAUUGUAAGCUGUUGUAGUUCACCUGAUUGA